CACGGUUAUCCAGGAGUUUGGCAUGACUCGUAGUGAAGCUGAUCACUCUGUGUUUUAUCGGCACUCUGCUUUAAGUUUCUGUAUUUAUCUGGUAGUCUAUGUUGAUGAUAUUGUUGUUACUGGCAAUGAUCAGGAUGGUAUUAUCAAUCUGAAGCAGCAUCUCUUCCAGCAUUUCCAAACUAAGGAUCUAGGCAGAUUGAAGUACUUUCUAGGUAUUGAGGUUGCUCAAUCUAGCUCAGAUCUCCGAGAUAAUAAGCAAUUCUUCCUGGACCAUCCAGGUGCUGUUCCACUUACCACGGCUCAGGGUGAAGAGCUGAGAAAGUCGAUUGGUGCUUCCGCUUGCAUUGAAUGUAGUGCAAAAACACAACAGAAUGUGAAGGCUGUUUUUGAUGCCGCCAUUAAGGUGGUUCUACAACCACCCAGACAAAAGAAGGAAAAGGAGAAAGGGUCAAAAAACCUGCCCUAUCUUGUGAUUGCUGAAAUAAUAGACAAGCGAUGGAGAUGUAGAUUGUUAUCAAUGUCUUCCAAGUCAAAGAAUGCAGUGUAAGGUUCAACGUUGGUAGUCCUGACUGACUAUGAUAGGAAAGCAUGAAUCUGCAUUGUCCUUAACAUUGUAGGCCAAGAUGUAUAUUUGUGAUCCGCAUAUGGUUGGGGAUGCAGAUGUGCAAAAUUCUCUGUUUCGCGUUGAUUCUGUGUAAUAUAUUAUGUUACACUUGUGUGAUGAUUCCCUUGAAUUUGCAUCUACUAUGUGUUAGAAUGUAACCAAACAUACUGAUUUAGAUUCUCCAAGAAGUUGAAUUUGCUAUGUCA